GAAGCAUUUCGCAGCGCGCCGCACCGGGUAGGGAGGGCCGUGUGUCGCUGCUGGUUUGCCAGUUCAGGGGCGGAGCUUGAGGCGAGGGCGGGGUUGCUGCUUGUGCUGCUGUUCCAGGGCUAUGCAAGGAGACUGAUGAGGAGGCAGCGGGCUGGGGAGAUGCCUGGAUCCUGCUUCCAGCACUGGGCACUAUGGAAUAGAAGGGGCGCUGCCUGCUGACCCCUUUGCACUCGCUUUCCCUUCCCCUAUGGAGAGGGGUUUUUAGCAGCUGGAUUGGGCUGCUCCCCACCCGGGGAACCUGCAGUCUGUGCUCCCAUUCCUCAUUAACAGAGAGAGGAGAGACUGGGGGAGCCGUAGGAGAUUGAGAUCCGAGGGGGGCGGCGACGCUGAAGCCUCACCAUGGGGAACACCACGUCGUGCUGUGUGUCCUCCAGUCCCAAGCUGCGCAGAAAUGCCCACUCCCGGCUGGAGUCGUACCGGCCCGAGCAGGACAUGAGCAGAGAGGACACUGGAUGUAACCUGCAGCACAUCAGUGACCGGGAGAAUGUAGAUGAUAUGAAUAUGGAAUUUAACCCCUCGGAUCAUCCACGGGCGAGCACAAUAUUCCUUAGCAAAUCUCAGACUGACGUACGAGAAAAACGGAAGAGCCUUUAUAUAAAUCACCAUCCUCCAGGACAACUACGGAGAAAAUACAGCUCGUGUUCUACUAUUUAUCUUGAUGACAGCACAGUCAGCCAGCCAAACCUCAAGUAUACAAUUAAAUGCGUAGCCCUUGCAAUAUAUUAUCACAUCAAAAACAGAGAUGGAGACGGGAGGCUGCUAUUAGAUAUCUUUGAUGAAAAACUUCACCCCCUGUCGAAAUCAGAAGUCCCCCUAGAUUAUGAAAAGCACGACCCAGAACAGAAACACAUUUACCGCUUUGUUCGGACCCUCUUCAGUGCUGCCCAGCUGACGGCUGAAUGUGCCAUAGUAACUUUGGUUUACCUGGAAAGACUGUUUACAUAUGCAGAGAUUGACAUUUGUCCAGCAAACUGGAAGAGGAUUGUCCUGGGCGCCAUCCUCCUUGCAUCCAAAGUUUGGGAUGACCAAGCCGUGUGGAACGUGGACUAUUGCCAGAUCCUAAAAGAUAUCACCGUGGAGGACAUGAAUGAGCUGGAGCGUCAGUUUCUGGAGCUGUUACAGUUCAACAUCAAUGUCCCAUCCAGUGUCUACGCCAAGUAUUAUUUUGAUCUGCGAUCGCUGGCAGAAAGCAACAACCUCAGCUUUCCCUUGGAGCCCCUGAGCCGGGACCGUGCAUGUAAACUUGAGGCCAUUUUUCGCUUGUGCGAAGAUAAAUACAAGGACUUCCGAAAAUUAGCCAAGAGGAGAUCAGUGAGCGCAGAUAACCUGACUGUCGUACGGUGGUGUCCCGCCAUUAUAUCUUAACAGCGGCUCCUUCCGCGAGCCGCCCUUGUCUUAUGUACUGUCUUGUCUGGACAUUCGUUGGCUUUUGUCCUAAGACAGCAAAACUUUUUCUUUUUCUUUGAAUUCUAUAAAAUUUGGCAAGCCUCCCUUACAGUGCCUCCCUGUCGCAAGGAUGGGAUACAUCAUCCUCUCUCUCUCUCAUAUGGAAGCCAUUGCAGUUUCUCCCCAUUUCUCCUGAAUGGGAAUGGAAACAAAGGGAAAGUGAAGAGUAAGCAAAGUAACCUGCAGACCAGAGAAGGCUUCACAUUGGCUUGCUGAGUGUCCAGCCACCAUGCUUGUAUCUCUCUUUCUGCACACAACAGAAAUGCGGGUCUAUGAAGAAGUAGGUGAAGGGAUCAAGGAAUGGACCAAAAAAAAGUGUUUUCCCAUGGAGUUAAAAUGAAUUUUGCUAUUUUAAUUCAUAUGUAUUUAAUUUAUAUCUUUUUUUUUUUUAAUCUAUUUGCUUGGUUGCCAAUGACACGUGUACAAGAAGCAGAGAAAUGUGAUUGGCUGUUAAACAAAUGAAGUACUGUUAUCUCACACGUUUUUCAUUUCUCGCUACCAGGCCUGGGCCACAUGAGGCUUUUGGGGUAUGUUGGGAUGUCGAGUUGCUAGGAAGCUUCUCCUGAUAUCCUGAUUAGACUCCAUUUGAUUGGUCACACUGUGGACUCUAAAGGUGGCCAUAGGCGUAGAGAUCCGUUCGUUUGGCAUUGUCGCCAAACGAGCGACUCUCUCCCCAAUUUGCCCACAUUGAAUUGGGCGAUAUCGGGCUGAUCCGAUCGUGGCCCUAGGGCUCAACGAUCGGAUUAUAAUGCAUCCAAUAUGGGCAGUCUGAUCACGGGACCACAUAAAUGCACAGAUGUGGCCUUGAUCCAACGGGAUUUUUUAACCUGCCCGAUCGAGAUGUGGGUGACUUUCGGCCAUCGGGGAAGCCCAUCAGAUGGCCCCACACACGGGCCAAUAAGCUGCCGACUUGGUCUGUCGUCAGCUUUUAUCGGGCUGUGUAUGGGGGCCUUUAGUAUGGCACCUAUCCACCUUCUGAGCCAAUGUCCAGCACCGGACUGCGGGCAGCAGUCAAUAGAAGCAUCUAAGUAUUACCUCGAUUAGAACAGGGAAUAUGCUGUCUGCUGCAUUCAUAGGUGACGUUCAUAUAUGGCAGGCAGGAGGCAGACAUUCGGGGCCCUGCCAAGAAUUUAUGGCUGCAUUCUCAUGUCUUUUGAAUACCAAGAGAAAGCUGCCUAUCUGGCCCCAGCUGUACACAGGUUCAUUCAAGAUGUGAAAUCCAUUUUUUGUACAGUUAAAUAGGGUGCAUUAAAAUCAUACAUUGGCUUUAGGCCUCUUCUAAUCAGACCUCCCAUUUAAAGGGAAACGUUACCCUUUUUCCUUAAGCUGACAUUGAAGUAUGAAGGCUUACCUUGUUGUGCAAUAUAUUGCCUUUAUAUGUAAGAGUGAAACUGCCAUUUUCAUUUUCUUCAGCUGAAAAAACUUCCUUCACUAUAUUCAAACACUUUCUUUUCAUUGGGGCUCUUCUACUGCCAUGGAGAAUGCAUUAGCUGAGCAACAUGGCUCCCUCUCUUAUGUAUAAGAGUAUGACUGGCAGGAUGCUAAAUUAAAGCCAUUGUUCUUUACCAUCAGUUUAUUUAUUAAGCAGAUAAAAAGGAACAGUAAAUAUUUGGAUGUAGGAAGAUUGCUUCAUGUAAAGAUGUAUUUCAUGUUUGUUUUGUUGCUAUUUUUAUUACAUUUCAUCAGAUCUCUAUUGCACACAUUGUUUAUGCCCUGAUUUCCUACAGGGUGGUUCUGACUCACCCCAAAAAAAGAGUGAGGUCAGAAUAUGUCCCAAAGGUGGCACUCUUCCAUACCAAACUAGGGAUGCACUGAAUCUACUAUUUUGGAUUCGGCCGAAUCACCCAAUUCUUCGUGAAAUAUUCGGCUGAAUACUGAACCGAAUCCUAAUUUGCAUAUGCAAAUUAGGGGCUGGGAAACG